GACUUCUUGGCUUUGAAGAAUACUUUAAAUCAAUUCAUCACACACAUUCGAUUCUUUGAAUUUUCUACAAAAGAUUUUAAUGAUAAGGUUCGGCCUUUUAAGAAACUGUUGCCUAAAACACUGUUUGAAGAUAUUGUGACGUUUUAUAUGAUAAAUGUUCAUCAAAGUAUGCCGCCUCCUCGUAAUGGAAGAAUUGAUGUUGAUUCAACGAUCAUCAGAUCAAAACAUGCGUCCAUCCUUACUAACUGGAUUUUAAGAAAGGAUGUUAAAACAAAAAUUCCAAAGAACAAUAAAUAUAAUUUUAACCUUAUAUACCGUGGAAGUAGAGAUGGUUUUGAUGUCCAAAUUAUGCGUAAAAAAUGUAAUGGACAAGGAGCUUAUUUUUUAAUUAUUAAAAUUAAUGAAAAUGAUGCUAUAAUUGGUGGUUAUAAUCCUCUUAAACAUCAACAAAUUUAUACUUACAAUAUAGGUAAAGGCUAUUGGGCUAAUACUACCGAAAGUUUUAUCUUUUCUAUUGAUAAAAAAGAUUGGAAAAUUAGUCGUGUUGCAAAUGCAGAUCAUGCUUCGUAUGAACCUUUUAAUACUUUUGACCAUGCGUUGAAUUUUGGCUACAGUGAUUUGGUUAUUAAUGGUGAUGCUGGCACAUGCAAUCAAAAAUAUUAUGAAAGCAAAAUUUUAGAUUCAGAAAAAUUUACCAUCAAAGAAAUGGAGAUUUUUACAUUCAAGGUUGAAUAA